AUGGGUCGCGCUUCAAAGGAGCAGGAGAUGGAGUGGGCCAGGGUGACUCCUUCAGACCUUCAGAAUCACACGAGACUCAGCGAAAGCCAAUUCUCCUAUUUGCUAGAGAGAAUCAGACCACGAAUUGAAAAGAGGGACACGACGUUUCGGAACGCCUUGCGACCAGAAUCGAAGCUCCACAUGACAUUGCGCUACCUUGCGACGGGCGACAGCAUCGGGAGUUUGAGCGCAUUGUAUAGAAUCCCUAGAAGUACAUUCUCUUCAUUUUUCCCGGUCGUGUGCAAGGCUAUUUACGACGCUUUAGAGGAAUUCAUUCAGAUGCCCAGCUCGGAGGAGGAAUGGAAGGUUGUGAUGCAGGAGUUCGCGCUCCGUUGGCAAUUCCCUAAUGCAUGCGGAGCAAUAGACGGGAAGCACGUCACGAUACGCUGCCCUCCCAAGAGCGGGUCGGAAUUUUUCAACUAUAAGAAAAGCUUCAGCAUCAUAUCGCUCGCCGUGGUUGACGCACGCUAUAAUUUCCUUUAUAUCGAUGUGGGGACAAACGGCAGAGUCAAUGAUGCUGGUGUGUUCGAGAAGUCAAGCUUUAAUCGAGCCCUGGAAGAGCAGGUUCUCGAUGUACCCAUCGAAGGAGUUUUCGUCGCCGAUGACGCCUUCCCGCUCCGCUCCAACAUCCUCAAGCCGUUUUCCCGUUGUGGGCAUCUCGAUGAGCGCCAGCUGAUCUUCAAUUACACUGCCCGACAGAAAAAAAAAAUCCGGAUAACAAACUAG